GCGACAUCGCGAACAACAGUCGAGCCGACUUGGUGUAAAAGGCGUGCGCGCGCUCUGUGUGUGUGUGUGUGUGUGGCACAGUGCUUUGCCAGUGCCGCGAGUGUGACAACUGUAAACUCGCCGCCCGUUCGCGGACGUCGACGUUCCGGUAAGUGAGAUGACCGGCCACGCAAGCCGGGCCGCGGUCGCAGUGCGUCUGUUGCAGCGUUUCGCGAGUCGCGUGUGAUACCGGCGGAAUCCCCACAGGAGAGUGUACUUUGUGCCCGUAAAUGUGCUGCGUCGCCACUGCUCUACCCCGUCUGGGAUUUGACGGUGGAGCGAGUGCGGAUAAUAGUAGUGCGACAGUGCCGACAGUGUGUGUGCGAGUGUGCGCGAGUGUUGUGAGUGCGCGAUCAUGAGCACGACGCUGGGCGUGCAGCAGUGGUUCCCGCCGCCGGCGGAUCCCGCGGCCGAGCUCAGCCGGCACGCGGAGGAGUUCGGUUUCCAGUUCGUGGCGGACAGUGAGGACGUGAAGGAGGAGCCCGAGCCGGAGCCCGAGCACGACCUGGUCGUGGCCGAGCAGGACCACGACCUCGACAGCGACGCGGAGGGCGAGGCGGCGGCCGCGCGCUACGGGGGUGUGAUAACAGUGCGCGGCAGCGGCUGCGCGGGCGGCUCCGAGGACGAGAAGCUGCUGCGCCUGCUCGGCGGAGACAGCGCGGACGAGGACGACGACGUCGACGACGCGGACGACGACCCGGAGGAGCGGCCGGGCGCGAGCGCGUGCUCGGUGGUGCUGGACCCGCUGCCGCGGGGCGUGCUGCGCUCGCUCAGCUGCGAGGGCCGCGUGAGCGCGACGCGCGCCCAGACCGAGGUGAGCGGCCUGCUGCGCGAGCUCGUGGAGGCGGUGGCCGAGCCGCCGCCGCCGCCGCCGCCCGCUGCCGCCUGCGCGCUCUUCGCCGCCGCUUGCGCCACCGCCCCCCACGGCCGCAAGGCCCGCAAACGCCGCCGCCGGAGGUCCGCCUCCGCCGCCUCCACGUCUUCGUCCGGGGCGUCUUCCUCGCACGGCCGCGAGCGGCGGCGCCAGCGCAAGCGGGAGAGGCGGAGCGCGUUGUACGCCGCCGCCAGGACGACGGAGGGCGGCGCCGACGACAGGCGCGAACCCAGCCCGACACCCACCCCGCGUGUCAACCCAAUUUUUGUGUGGAUCAAGCAGGACGAUACUCGCAUUGUGGAAGUGUUGUGUGAAGAUUACGACAAGCGCAAUCGCAUUAGGAUUACUAAGACGGCGCACGGGUGGCGGGCGAUACCUCACACCGAGAGGUUAGCGUCGGCCCUCAGUCCCCCUGCAGUGCAGAAACAAUCUCUCCCUGCCGGCAAAACACAGUCGCCGCCGCUGUCGAGGACUCAUAGCAGUAGCAGUGGUAGUAGUAGUUCGGGGAGCGGCCGCAGGGAGGCGUCGCGGAGCUCUACCGAGUCGCGGCUGUCGCCGGUAGGUGGCAGUGCGCGCAUCCCGACUGUGGCGCCAGCCGUGGCGAGUGUCGCUACUCGCGAAGAGCGGAUCGAUAUCUCGCAGAGGAUCGAGGACGAAGACGCCGAGUCCGGCGCGGAAACCAAAGAGGGGAGGCUGGAGGACGAAGACGAAGGGGCACACGAGGAAGAAGAGGACGAAACGGGUACCCAUCUCCCAGAAUACGACUGCGAGGAAGAGAUGGAGUACGAGGAGGACGUCGCAGAAAGUGACGCCGGCAUCGAGGGAGGUGACACGUGUUGCGAAAUGGAGGAACCGGAAGACGAUCACGAGAUGGCUUCGUUGAAGGCGGAAGAUGCGGACGAGUUUUGUGAUCCCGAAUGCUACCAAGAAAUGCAUCAGGAAGAAGAAACUCACGGAGGCGAAGAAGAGGAGGAGGAGGAAGAAGAAGUGCAGCAUUUGGACGAGGGCGAAAUAGUGGAGGGUUGUGAAGAAGAAGGCGAGCUUUGCCAAGAAGAAGAGGAGGAGGAGGAAGAGGAAGAAGUUUUGCCCACUGAUCUCAGCCUGCCCAAACUCCGAAAGCGAGAAGAAGACGAAAUGGAGUGCAAGCCGAGGAGGUUGAUGCUGUCCCGGUCGCCGCCCAUCACGAUACCCAAAUACUCGCCGUCGUGCGGGGCCGGUGUACAGCAAGUGGAGAAGCAGUAUCAGGAGGCGCAACCGGCCCACCAGCAACCUCCUCGGUCCGCGGCCAAGUCAGCAUUCCUAGAGUCGCUGCUGUCGAGGAAGGUGUCCGCAGUGGUACCUACUGAGGCGAAACCGACGACGGAGCGCACCUCCCCCGCGACCGGAGGCGGCGCGGGAGCCAUCGACCUCGGCACGCGGGUAGCGGCCGCCGGCAGCCCCACCGUGAGCUGCUCCUCCGACGAGAAGGCGGAGCGCGAGCGGGACGACCUGACGCUGCGCGCGCUGCUGGCCGGCGGCUCGCACCAGCAGCCCGUGCAGCACCCCAUGGCGGCGCCGCCGCCACCGCCGCCACCCGCGCAGCAACACCACCACCACCAACAGCACCACCGGCACCAGGCGGCCCCAGUGGCACCGCCGCCCACGCUGCCCGCCGUCACCGCGGAACAGAGCGGCCGGUCGCGGCUGCUGGAGCUGCUGACGGCAGAGGAGCCGGUGGCGCAGCUGCGCAGACUGGAGCGCGACUUUCCGGACCCUCUGGUCGUGCCGCGGGACAGGCUGCCCGCGCUGCUCGCCGCGCCCGCCGCGGAAGCGCCGAGGCUGCUGGCGUCCAGGCCCGACCUGCGGCUGCCGGCGGCACUGUCGAGUCCGGCGCUGGUGCACGACCCGGACUUGCUGGUGGUGCCGCUGCGCCAGCUGUACGCCACCCUGCAGCAGCAGCAGCACGCCAAGGACGCGCCCGCCGCCUCCGCCCACGCGCCGGUGCCGGACUUCGCCACGCUGGCCGCCUUCGCCGAGUGGCAGCAGCGCCAGCAGGUGGCGGCCGCGGAGGCGGCGACGGCGGCGUCGAUCACGCAGGUCAUGUGGCUGCCCUACCUCACGCAACUGGAGGCGGCGUCCGCUCUCUGCGGCAACUACGCCGAGUUCGUCGCCGCGGUCAACGCCGUCUUCCCUCCCGCCGGCUUCGGUGGCGGCGCCGCGGCCGUUCCUCCGCCUCCGCCGUACCUGCUGUCACCCACCGCCGGCGUCGAUUACAAGGCGCAGCUGGAAGCCAUCGCCGCCAGCUUCUGGCAACAACAGCAGCACGUGGCACCGACGAAAUCGAAGGCGCCGUCGGCGGCGAAGCGUUCGCCGCGCGCCAGCCCGCUGUCGCGGCCGCAGCGCCACCACGCCGCCCCCGCUCCGCAGGCACCGCCCCCUCCGCCCCCGCCUGCGCAGCCCGCCGCGGCGGCCAACAGGCCCCCGUCGGUGACGUGCAAGUCGCUUCUCAACCUGCUCAGCAGCAGCGGGGGGCAGCGGCGGCCGGAGCCCGUGGCGCUCAAGGUUCCCCAGCCCCCGGGGGCGGGACCCAUCGACCUGUCGGCGACGCCCAAGCUGAAAGUGAAGCAGCCGCAGCACCUGGUGGACCCACUGCACACGCCGCGCCUCCUCAAGGAGCCGCCCCCAGAGUGCGCGCCCAUUGUCAGCUCGACGGCCGUCAGCCCCGGGCCGCCUCCCACCCCCGACAAGGUGUCCGGCGCGCAGAACCUCUGGCACCCACUUUUCGGAAGUCAGAAGAGCUACAGCAGCCCUUGGCAGUGGACGACGGUGACAGCGACCGGCGAGUAGCGAUGGGCCUCCGGAAGACGGCGCAUGCGCGGACUGUCCAUGUGACCGAGUACAACAUACAGCCCGACGGCGGGCCGCCGCCUCGCCCCUAGUGCGAACAUUGACUGACACACACGACAGUACUUGCACAUUUCCUUCUAGAUGACUGAGUUCGGGAGUCGAUAUCGUUUCAGGUAGUGUUGCUUCUGUAUAUUGUUUCAGGUGAACUGUUUUUACCUCUUGUUUCGUUCGUUAGUGCAAUAUAUAUAUUUGUCAAGUUUGAGUCGAAUUUCAACGCGUUUUGAAUAUUUGAAUGUGCUCAGUGAGUUUCCUGAUAUAUUUUUCGACUAAAGAGUGAAACACAUCGUCUUGUUAUAUUUUCGAAAGGUUUUAUACUGCAAAAUACUCUUUUAAAGAAGCCUCCACGUGUGAAAGAUUUUCUAGAGCCGUUUACAACUUGUAAUGUUUUGUCUGCGUCACAAUAUUCGAAAUCUUAUAUUGUCUGUUGGGCCAAAACAAAAUGUAAUUUGUUCACAGAGGACUUUGCAGGUGCAAGUUUAAGCAGAGAACUGCGUUUUCUGUUGUGUGGUUAUGUACGAACAGAAUCAGGAAUGACUUUGAGUGCCACAGUAUUACAAAUGUGCACACUCAUUACGAUGCAGAUGAUGGAAAUGAGCAUACAUUCUUUACCCUUCAGUUAUCUCAGGAAACUACUGACACUGUGAUUUUUAGAAUCUAAAUUUUAUAUAGAUUAACUGAUAAAAGGGCUCUCAGCAGUAAAGUAGUGAUUUGUAUAACUGCAUUAUGCUUUUGCCUUGACAUUGCCCUUCACCUGUGUGCCAUUCGUGAGAUAAUUUCGUCAAUGAAAACUACAUUAGUUUUCAGUUUUCCGCAUUAUUGUACAAUAAAGAAGAACAUAUCGCAAUGAUGAGCUAUUGUUUACAUAUAAAAAUAAAUAAAUAUAUAUAUAUAACCAGUAUAAGCGGAAUUACAUUCCACAUUAUUGCGAUCAGUGAUAGAGGUUUUAAUGAGUAAUUUGAACCAUAAAUAUGUUCCUUUUUUUAAGAAUGUCUAUCUGUUGGUUCUUGUUCUGAGAAAUUGAUCUAAUAUUGUAAUGGAAGUUUAGAUGAAUGUUUCACUGAGCUGUUAAAAUAUAUGAGAGUUUUUCUGAGUGAUACAGCAAUAGACUGAGAGUUCAUGGUAGGAAGCUGUAUGUAUAACCUGAUUGCAACUAUUUGUGAAUACAUUUUGUUUGUUUGAAGUAACAAUCAGUAUGAUAGUUGCUUUAUAUUAUAGUUAAAUCUCUUGGAUGUUUGACGAUGUGCAAGCACAAUAACAUUACAAAAGUGAAUGAUUAUUUUAUUUUGUUAAGACUAUUUGUGGUUUAUAAUAGAGUUAUGUCUGUAGAUAUUUUUAACAUAGAAAACUAGUCCAGAACUUCUGUAUUAUAUAUUUAAAAAUCACAGUGCUGUGAGAUAUGAUCUUACAAAACCAAACGUUAUGGAACUGAGUCAAGAGUAGAAGAGUACUGAAAAGAAAUUUACCUGUUAGUGCAACAGUAGCAUUAGAGCUUAAAGAAUUAUUUUUCAAACCUGUGAUGCUUAAUACUGUACGUUAUCAAAACUUUUAUGGCUUGAUAACAGGUUUACAAACUUAAUAAUCUGUACCCUGAUAUCCAUGUAAAUGGAGUCAGUAUCAUCAUGCUAUAUAACUAUCAUUUUAUUACUCCAUUGUAUCUUGUUAACAGCACAUUCUUCUCAUAGUAUUGUUGUUUGCUUGAACCCGAUAUUGAUUGUUAAGUUUGUAAAUUUUUUCAUGAGGAAAUGAAAAGCAUUUCUUAAAAUUCUGUUAAUACUGUUAUGUUUCUGAUUUAAUUUUCUGUUAUUACAUAUUAUAACAACUUAUAAAUAACUUGAUCCUUGUAGUCCUCUCCUUUCAAAAAAGUACAUUAUGCUAACAGACUUGUACGACAGUUCCUUGCAACACCAAGACCUAAUCUGCCUACUAAUUUCUGCUUUCUUUGAAUAAUAUGCUUCAUAAAUGUUGCUAUAUGUGUUUUAGCAAAAUGACAGAUUACUUUAUUGUAUAUCGACAAGUAUCUAAGAAUAAAUGACUGACUGUAGACCAUUAUCACAUCUUUGCAUAUUAUGAUCAUCAAUCUGAAAUUUCACAUUCAUUUUUCUUGCCACAGUUUAUGGCAUAGUAUAUUGAGUUACAUAAAAAGAGCUGCUACGACCUAAAAAUGAAAUCAGACUGUAAAAAUCUUUUUCUCAUUUUUAAUUAUUUAAAUGCAAAUAUACACAUAUUAUAAAAUAAGGUCUUUGAUUUAUUUUGCCUACAUUCACCAACAUACUUCACUCUAGUUGUUCUUCUUUCCAUUAUGUAAGAGAAUGUGAAAAAAAUUGCCUAGAAGAAUGAUAGUGAAAUCUUGCCUUUUAUGGAGGGAUCUCUUUCCCUUUCAGAUUAUUUCAUCUAUUGAAGGUAACCAUAUACUACAGGGUUCAGAAGAUAGCACUCUCUGUGGAGAGUUGCUGCGUAGUGGAAUGUAACUGGCAAACAUAUAAUUUUUUUUGAUGGGCCAAGAAUGAAAUUAAUAUUAAUGACCUGCCCAUUAGAAUUUCCUUGAUAUUAGCAUUUCUCCCUCAUUCAUUUUGGUUUGGAGAUUAAAUGAGUUAAGGACCUAACCAAAUCAUGGCAUUAAUAAUAUACAUAUUGUUUAUAUUCUUUUUAAUUUUGUGAGCAGUAUUACAAGGUCGUGUAUUUGUAGCACUAUACAAUCAUUAACUCAGGAAUUUUUUCUUCACGUGGAGCAAUAAAUGUGCUAUCAUAGAACUACAGUCCACAUUAAAUAUCUAAAGAAAAAUCCAGUGUUUCUCAGUGAUAAGUACUUGUAGUAACACAGCAUGCAACUGACACAUGUGCCAAUUGUCAAUGUACUAACUGUCAAAGUAUUAACAUCUUGUUGUUCUUGAGUGGCAAUAUUUCCUUGAAAAUUUAAAAGAAAAAGGGGUACUUGUAAUGGUCUGACUAAACUAACUUCAUUAUAAAUUAUAUCCAUUAUACAUUACUACAUUUCAAACAUAGAGCCGCAUGCCUGACAAAAUUAGACUGUUGUGAAGCAAAAGGAGAAAAAGAGGAUUUUCAUUGCAUGAGACUGUUUCUGUAUAUAACAUACGCUUGUAAGUUAAUCAUGCAAUGAACAAAAUAGUACCAAAGACAAUGUCUGAAUCAAGAAUUUUUAUUGUUGUAAUAAUAAAAUACUGAGUGAAAGAAACUGCCAAAUUUUGUGAGGGAUCACAAAUUAUCUAAAAACCAGUGGCACAUGAUCAGUUUUAUAUAUGGCCAAGAGAGCUGAAUUAUGCAAUCUGAAUCACUUGUUUGGUUUCAGCAUGAAAUACCUAAUUUAUAAACCACUAAAUGUAAGAGUAGGAAAUCCUGUAACAAAAUAUCAGAUCUGUGAUCAUCACAUAUUAUAUGACAAAGCUGUAGCUGAGGAACUUAAGACCCUUAGUGACUGCUGACUAUAAAGUAUUCCUUUACUUUGUGUAUAUUCUAUGUAAAAAUUAUCAUAAGAUGUGUGAAUAUAUAUAUAUUGUGUACAUAUGAAUAAUA